AGAAGGCUGAUAAUAAAAAAUGUUUAACCCCGUAAUGACUUUAUUUUUUAACCCUAAGUUAAUUUUCCUGUAAGUGUAGAGCUGGAUAUAGCGGAGACGGAAAAACUUGCAACGACGUAGACGAGUGCUCUUCAAACUCUCAUACCUGUGAUGUGAAUGCUGUUUGUAACAAUACUCGUGGAUCUUACACUUGCGCGUGCAAAGCUGGAUAUUCAGGCGAUGGCAAAAAUUGUACUGAUAUCGAUGAGUGUGUCAGCGGUGUACACGACUGCCACCGUUCAGCUUCAUGUACAAACACUGUAGGAUCCUACACAUGUAUGUGUAACCAUCCUUUAGCAGGAGACGGAAAAACUUGUAGGUACACUGCGGCAGCGGGUCUUAAAUAUUCCAGCAUUGUGGGAAACAACCAGAAUUUUUUGACAUGGCUGGAUAAAUGGUUAAAGCCUGUGACUCGCCAAUCUUCUUACUGGAAUCGCUGUUACCAGGCAACUGUAAAUGGCUGGUCAUCCUCUACCUUCCACUCAAACUGUAACGGCAAAGGUCCAUCUGUCACAAUCAUCCGUGUUGGGAAAUAUAUUUUUGGAGGAUACAUAAGUGUCUCAUGGACCAGUGGUUGUUCAUAUUACUACGAUUCAGCAGCCUUUCUCUUCUCAUUGGUUAACAAGCCUGGUUGGCAGCCUCUAAAGCUAGAUCAAAGUUCCGGACAAGGUAGUUAUCAGAGAGCGCAUUCCAUCUACCGCUGCUCUUCAGAUGGACCAACAUUUGGAGGAGGAUACGAUAUUAAAAUUGCGAACAACGCUGCAUCAAACACCAACUCAUACUCAAACCUUGGAUGGACCUACAGCCCUCCAACUGGCAACAGCUAUGGAUCCUCCUUCACACAAUCAUUCCUGGCGGGUACUCUCUACUUCCGACCUGACGAAGUCGAAGUCUUCUAUGAAACUACCUGAAGAAAUCGCGAAGCUUGAAGUCUUAGUUUUACACACUCUGUUCAGUAAAAUUAAACCUUUUUAAUUAUAUAAGGGUAUAUACAAACUGUUGGUAAAUUAUAGAAGUGCAAUAUAAUAAAAAAAUUUCAAUAUCACCGAUCAUAUGUCAAUCAAUAGGUUAGAACAAAAUCGAGUAGUCACGUAUCCUUAGUCUAAGAUAAACAGUUUACUUUGAGCUUACUUGUUU